GUCAGGACUCAGGACAGGAAGUAGGAUGAUGAGGGAGGGAGGUGGAGGUGGUUGUCUGGGACUCCCAGGGAUGUUACGAGUUUUCUUGUUGGGGACUUGUGCUCUUACGGUCCUGAGCUCUGCAGGCUUGGUGUUCCUUCUGGUGCAACACAUGCACCUGUCAGCCCACCUGGCCCGGUUGGAUCUACAGCUCCAGGUGCUCUCAGAGACUUCUGGCGCCGUGCUGCAUCAUUCUGCAGCAGUAUCCCUCCGGGCCAGCGGGGACCCUGGAGAGGAAGCUUCCCACAGGACCAGCAUGGACCCUGGAGAGGAGACUGAUAGGUUGCAGGUGCUCUCAGAGGAAUCAGGGUUGCAGACAUCACCCCACAGGACGAGCAGGGAAGACCCAGGCAGAGAGGAGGCAGAAAGGGAGCUGCAGCAUGGCCGACCCCGCAAUAAGAGGAGCCAGGCUGGGAAACACCAGACGAAGCGACAGCAGAAACGUGACGACAGGGACAUGAUGAUAAUGAUGACAUACUCUAUGGUCCCGAUCAAGGUCCUGUUGGAACUAUGUAACAGCACAAAAGACAUGUGUUUAACAGGCUCACCAGGACCUCCAGGCACUCCAGGUGUGGAUGGGAAGCCAGGAGUCAAUGCUACAGAAGGCAUAUCAGGACCACCUGGACCUGCAGGGAGACGAGGGAAAAAAGGUCCCCCUGGAGAGAGAGGGGAGCCUGGGGUGAAAGGAGACGUGGGAGACCCUGGACCUCCAGGACUGAAGGACGACACCUCCAAUGACAUCAUCAUAGAGGGGCCUCCGGGUCCAAGGGGCCCUCCUGGCCCUGCCGGUCCCCCUGGUCUACCUGGCCCCCCAGCGACCUUAGAGGACCCAGAACCCUCUAGAAAUAGGACCAUGAGAGCACAGUUGUUAGAGAACACCUGUUACCAUCAAGACAACAUGUCUGACUCUCUGGGUACAGAGAAUACAGCCACAAGCAGUGACACCUUAAAUGUAACCAACGCAGAGACCGUUAAUAGAACCAUCAGGGCACACAUCCAUCAAGCCAACAUGUCUUCGGAGUCAGCGAAUCUAGCCGCAAGUAAUGACACGUUGAAUGUAACUGACACCGAGAACGAGGAAUUAAAUAACCGACAAAUGACAUACACAAGGAUUGUGGAAGAAGGACCUUUGAAUGCAACUCACACCGAGAUUGUGGAAGAAGGACAUUUGACCGCAACUCACACCGAGAUUGUGGAAGAAGGACAUUUGACCGCAACUCACACCGAGAUUGUGGAAGAAGGACAUUUGACCGCAACUCACACCGAGAUUGUGGAAGAAGGACCUUUGAAUGCAACUCACACCGAGAUUGUGGAAGAAGGACCUUUGAAUGCAACUCACACCGAGAUUGUGGAAGAAGGACCUUUGACCGCAACUCACACCGAGAUUGUGGAAGAAGGACCUUUGAAUGCAACUCACACCGAGAUUGUGGAAGAAGGACCUUUGACCGCAACUCACACCGAGAUUGUGGAAGAAGGACCUUUGAAUGCAACUCACACCGAGAUUGUGGAAGAAGGACCUUUGAAUGCAACUCACACCGAGAUUGUGGAAGAAGGACCUUUGAACGCAACUCACACCGAGAUUGUGGAAGAAGGACCUUUGAAUGCAACUCACACCGAGAUUGUGGAAGAAGGACCUUUGAAUGCAACUCACACCGAGAUUGUGGAAGAAGGACCUUUGAACACAACUCACACCGAGAUUGUGGAAGAAGGACAUUUGAACACAACUGAGAUUGUGGAAGAAGGACAUUUGAACACAACUGAGAUUGUGGAAGAAGGACAUUUGAACACAACUCACACCGAGAUUGUGGAAGAAGGACCUUUGAAUGCAACCGAGAUUGUGGAAGAAGGACCCUUGAACACAACUGAGAUUGUGGAAGAAGGACAUUUGAACACAACUCACACCGAGAUUGUGGAAGAAGGACCUUUGAAUGCAACCGAGAUUGUGGAAGAAGGACCCUUGAACACAACUGAGAUUGUGGAAGAAGGACAUUUGAACACAACUCACAUCGAGAUUGUGGAAGAAGGACCUUUGAAUGCAACCGAGAUUGUGGAAGAAGGACCCUUGAACACAACUGAGAUUGUGGAAGAAGGACAUUUGAACACAACUCACACCGAGAUUGUGGAAGAAGGACAUUUUAACAUAACUCACACCGAGAUUGUGGAAGAAGGACCUUUGAAUGCAACUCACACCGAGAUUGUGGAAGAAGGACCUUUGAACAUAACUGAGAUUGUGGAAGAAGGACAUUUGAAUGCAACUCACACCGAGAUUGUGGAAGAAGGACCCUUGAACAUAACUGAGAUUGUGGAAGAAGCAGCAUUUAGGAAAACUGAAUACAUUAUCAAAACCAUAACGUGCUUUCCAAACGUCACUAAAAUGGAAACCACAUUUGGAGUUUGGAUGCAAGAUGCAGCCCGGGUGAACGAUAACCACAUUUGGAUGGCUGAACACUUUUCAGGUCGAGUCUUGCAGGAGUACAAGAGCAUUGCAUCAUUUCCUAACAGCAGGUCUAUUGACAUGAGGAAGUUCUACCAGGGUUGUGGCCACAGCAUCUACAAUGGGUCUGUUUACUAUCACAAUGCAGGAACCUCGAAAGUUGUCAAGGAUAACCUGAAGACCAGGAGAUUACAGACACUGGCCAUUGAGAAUGCUCUUUACCACAAUCGAACCUAUCUCUUCCACAACUCCAAGACGUACUUUAAGUUUGCUGUGGACGAGAACGGACUGUGGCUUAUAUAUGCUUCAGCUAUCAGUGGAACCGUGAUGGUGGCCAAGUUAAACCACGAGAGGUUUUCUGUGUUGUCUGUGGUCAGCACGUCCUAUCCUGUACCAAACGCUGGGAAUGCCUUUGUUGCAUGUGGAGUUCUGUAUAUGACUGACACCAAAGACACAAAAGUCACACAUGCCUUUGACUUAAUGAAAGAGAAACCUUUGAAUGUGAGUUUGGAUCUCAGAUCAGCCAAUGGAAUUAUGGCCAUGUUGUCAUAUUAUCCCGAAAAUCAACUUUUGUACAUGUGGGACAACAGCUAUGUAAAAAUAUGCAAGGCUUAUUUUACUUUGGAUCAAAAAAGUCUAGUCAAAUGUUAUGGUCGUAAAUAAAUCUUACGAUCGUAAAUAAAUCUUAUGAUCGUGGGAGACAUUCUGCCUAGGAGAAUACAGUCAGUCACAAGUAGUGACACCUUGAAUGUAACCAAUGCAGAGAAGGUUCUAUUAAGAAUCAGAGCACACACCCAUCAAGCCAACACCCAUCAAGCCAACGCCCAUCAAGCCAACGCCCAUCAAGCCAACGGCCAUCAAGCCAACGCCCAUUAAGCCAACGCCCAACAAGCCAACGCCCAUCAAGCCAACGCCCAUCAAGCCAACGCCCAUCAAGCCAACACCCAUCAAGCCAACGCCCAUCAAGCCAACGCCCAUCAAGCCAACGCCCAUCAAGCCAACGGCCAUUAAGCCAACGCCCAUCAAGCCAACGCCCAUCAAGCCAACGCCCAUCAAGCCAACACCCAUCAAGCCAACGCCCAUCAAGCCAACACCCAACAAGCCAACAUGUCUAUGACUGUCCUGGCAGAGUCUUCUAAUUUUUUAAGAAUUUGAGUGUCAUAAAAUAAUAAUUUUUGUACAAUAUUUUUCAUCAAUAUUUUUCUUCUUCUCAUUCAUUUUGUACAAUUACCAAUAAAAAAAACAUG